GCUCCGCUCCGCACCGCUCCGCGCAGCCCCCGCCGCCCGCCCAUGGUGCUGCCCGGCCCGCCCAGCAUGUCCCGCUCCGAGGAGGUGCAUCGCCUCACCGAGAAUGUCUACAAGACAAUCAUGGAGCAGUUCAACCCCAGCCUCAGGAAUUUCAUUUCUAUGGGGAAGACCUAUGAAAAAGCCUUAGCAAGUAUGACAUAUGCAGCAAAAGGAUACUUUGAUGCUCUGGUUAAGAUGGGAGAGUUGGCCAGUGAAAGCCAAGGAUCUAAAGAAUUGGGAGAUGUGCUCUUCCAGAUGGCAGAAGUCCACAGGCAGAUCCAGAACCAGCUGGAAGAGAUGCUCAAGUCCUUCCAUAACGAGCUCCUGACGCAGCUGGAGCAGAAGGUGGAGCUGGACUCCCGAUACCUGAGUGCUGCACUGAAGAAAUACCAGACAGAGCAAAGGAGCAAGGGGGACUCCCUUGACAAGUGCCAGGCAGAGCUGAAGAAACUUCGGAAGAAGAGCCAAGGCAGCAAAAACCCCCAGAAGUACUCUGACAAGGAGCUGCAGUACAUUGAAGCCAUCAGCAACAAGCAAGGUGAGCUGGAAAACUACGUCUCUGAUGGCUACAAGACAGCUCUCACAGAAGAGAGGAGACGAUUCUGCUUCCUGGUAGAGAAACAGUGUGCAGUGGCAAAGAGCGCUAUCACCUACCAUGCCAAGGGAAAGGAAAUGCUGACGCAGAAGCUGCCACUGUGGCAGCAGUCUUGCUCGGAUCCCAACAAGAUCCCGGACCGCGCUAUACAGCUGAUGCAGCAGAUGGCUGCCAGCAGCAAUGGCACCAUCAUGCCUAGCCCUCUGUCUACAUCCAAAUCCAACCUCAUCAUCUCUGACCCCAUCCCUGGUGCCAAACCUCUCCCUGUCCCCCCGGAGCUUGCACCUUUUGUAGGACGCAUGUCGGCACAGGAGGCCAUGCCAGUGAUGAAUGGAGUCUCAGGCCCAGACAGUGACGGGUACAACCACUGGUCUGAGAUGAAGCCAGCACAGCCCAAAUCUUUAUCUCCUCCCCAGCCUCAGAAGCAGCUGAGUGACUCUUACUCCAACACACUCCCAGUGCGCAAAAACGUGCAGCCGAAAAACAGCUACGCAUCAGCUGAAAACAAGACGCUGCCACGCUCCAGCUCCAUGGCUGCAGGGCUCGAGAGGAACGGCAGGACGAGGGUGCAGGCCAUUUUCUCUCAUGCUGCUGGAGAUAACAGCACCCUCCUGAGCUUCAAGGAAGGUGACCUUAUCACACUGCUGGUACCAGAAGCCAGGGAUGGCUGGCACUAUGGAGAGAGUGAGAAAACAAAAAUGAGGGGCUGGUUUCCUUUCUCCUACACCCGAGUCCUCGACAGUGAUGGUAGCGAGAGGGUCCACACAGGCCUGCAGCAAGGGAAGAGCAGCAGCACUGGCAACUUACUGGACAAAGAUGACAUCUCCAUCCCACCACCUGACUAUGGCAUGGGUUCCCAAGCUUUCCCAGCACAAGGUGUCAACACCUUCAAGCAGAGGCCAUACAGUGUGGCCGUGCCUGCCUUCUCCCAGGACUACCUAAUGCCCUAUGGUUGUGCAAUUAAAGACUAUUCCAGUGGCCUCUGCCAACCUCCCUCCGCUCACUACAAGCCUUACACUAGGUCAACAGCUGGUCUUGAUGAUUACGGGACAAGGUCAGUCAGCAGCGGCAGUGGCAGUUUGGUAUCAACGGUGUGAGGACACCUUGGCUAGCGGCGGCCCCUUGCUGCUUGGAAGAGCUUUCUGCUUCUUUCCUCCCUUUUUUCUAUUUUCUUUUUUCUUUUCUUUUCCUUCCCCUUUCUCCUCCAUUUCCUCUUUCUCGACUUCUUUGGGAUUUUUAAACUCUUGUGAUCUUCAAGGAAAACCACUGGUGCUUCUCCACCCCUCCCCGGUGUUCACAGUGCCCUUGUUUCUGAAGCCUUUUCAGAGCAGAAACUGCCACUCGGUCUGUGCUCACUUUGAAGCAGCCUGGAUGCAGUUGACACUGUAGUGGGACCCUGGUUUUGUACUCCUGUGUGAACAUUAGCGAUGCACUACCCAUCCCUCCUCUUGGGGCCUCGCACGAGCCUGGACAAAAACCUCCCAGACCGGAACACAAUAUGCAUGGCCUCUGGUGUCCGUACUGUUACUGAGCAUCCGGGGUGCCCGUGCCCGCGAUGCCAUUGCCACGGGAGGCUGCAGCCCCUGGCCUGCCCCUCAGCCUGAUCCGCUUCCAUCCCACCACCCACUGCGGUGGCUCUGGGAGAAGUGGAUGGCGGUGAGCUCCCUCCCCGGGGAAAGGGCUGCUUCUUGGCUGGGUUCCCUCGCUGGCCGUGGGGUGCAGCUGGGCAGCCCCCCCGGGAGGGUUACUCCUGGUUGUUUUAUAAAUAUCUCUCUAUAUAUAUUUUAUUUUUUUUGUAGCAAGGUAUUGUUACCUCAUGUUAGCGCUGAGGGCUGGUGCGGAGCCAUCUGAGGAUGUGCCUCGCAUCCCUAAAAUGGGGUUUGAGUGAGGCAGCCCCUGAGCUGCGUCAGGGGGGCUUGGCAGCACCCAGGGAUCUCUUACCCUGGCACUGCGGGGUUCUGCUCCCCUAGCCACACCUGGCUGCAGCCCCUCAGUGCCUGUGACUGUCUCCACUGCAAAGCUGUUCACGCUUUCUUUUUCUGAUGUGAUUUUUAAGACCUCUCUCUCACGUUGCCUGUUCACUGGGACAGUGCUGGCAAUGCAGACACACCCACGGAUGAGUUUGUUUUAUACACUCGCCUACGGGCCCCUUGUAACCAGACCCUCCUGCAUCCAUGUCUGAAUUUUGCUAACAAUUUUUAACCCAGGAUAUUUCAUGCUGAAUGGUUGAAUGUUAGAGGGGAAA